GUGUUUGUACACUCUGACUGAGACAUUGACGUCUCCUUUUCCUUUUUCCUCUAUUUGUGGUUCCUUCUUUGCGUUGGAAAUUAUCUGCAUUACCAUGUCUAAGCUUGGAGUGCAGCAAGUGAAGCAACUGAGAGAGAUAUUCGGUCGAUUUGACAUGGACUCAGAUGGGAGUUUAACGAUGUUGGAGCUAGCAGCGCUUCUGAGGGCACUGGGGUUGAAGCCUUCGGGGGACCAAGUCCAAGCCCUGUUGGCGAACAUGGAUUCAAACGGCAAUGGGAAAGUGGAGUUUGAGGAGUUGGUGAGGGCAAUUUUGGAUGACAUAAACGAACAGGUUUUGGUGAACCAGGAAGAGCUCCUAGGGGUGUUCAAGUACUUCGACCGUGACGGCAAUGGUUUCAUUACGGCGGCGGAGUUGGCUGGGGCCAUGGCCAAAAUGGGGCAACCUCUCACUUACCGAGAACUCACAGAGAUGAUCAGAGAGGCUGACACCGAUGGCGACGGCGUUAUUAGCUUCACUGAGUUUGCCUCCAUCAUGGCUCGCUCUGCUUCUGAUUUUCUUGGCCUCUCCUUCCGCUGACUGAAUAUUCUUAUCAUUCAUUUUGUAGCUUCUUUUCAAUGAUUUAAAGAAAUAAGGGUUCUUGCUUCUGCUGCA